AUGUUUCAUGGACUGUCAGCUGAGAUACCAAUGGAACACAAUGAAGCUUUUGAAGAAAUAUGCAGUUUCACUCGUGCAAACGGCGUCCCACCCGACUACAUCAAAUGCAUGCUGUUCCCAUUCUCUCUAGCGGACAAAGCUUCACGAUGGCUUAAGUCAUUACCUACAGGUUCCCUAACUUCUUGGGAACAGGUUAGAGCAGCUUUCUUGGGACACUUCUACACGAAAGCCAAAACAGCUGCCCUAAGGAACAAGAUCUCCUCCUUCAAGCAACUCACUAAUGAACCUUUCAACGAAGCUUGGGAACGGUUCAAUGAUACCCUCAGAGAGUGUCCUCAUCACGGGUUCGACGAUGACCAUGUUCUAGGAAUCUUCUACGAUGGUGUGGAAGGGGAGUUCUGCAAUGCUUUAAAUGCAGCGAGCAACGGAGAUUUCAUGACUCAAACCACAGAAGGAGCUCACGCGCUAAUAGAAAACAUGGCAGCUAGUUCUUCCAACAAAAACAAGGAGACUGACCGUUCCAAGAAGGUGAACAGCAUGGACACUAGGAAGAUUGAUGACCUCGCCGCUAAGGUCGAUCUGCUGCUCAAGAACAAUCAGAAUCAGAUCUAUGUCAUGGAAGAAACCAAUCUGGAACCAGGUACUACAGAUGCAGCAGCAGAAACCGAAACAUCGGAAGAAGAUCAGCAAGGGGUCAGUUACGUUAACGGGCAGGGUUGGCAGUUCAAGAAUUACCAUCCAAACCCUAAUGUGGGAAACAACCCGCAUCUGUUCUCAUACAAGACUAAUCCAGACAACCCCAACGACAGAUCUCAGAAUCAGAAUCAGAAUGGGAAGAUGUUCAUCCUCAGCCAGGCUCAUAAUCAAUCUCAGAACCGGCAGAAUAAUCCACAGGCUCCUCUUGCAACCGCGAGCGGUCCGCCUGAUGAACUGAAGGGAAUGAUGCAACAACUUCUGCAUGGUCAACAGAUUCAAGGAAAAGCACUGAAUCAGGCAACAUGGAACACUCCCCCAGGGAAAACAUACAAGAAUCCCAAGGACUGUAACACAGUCGAGCUAAGAAGUGGAAGACAUCUAUCAGAUCCAGUCCCCAAGAAGCUCAUUGCUCAAGAGAAGGGAAACCAGAAAGAGGGAGAACAACCUCCGCUUGAGGAUGUCCACGACGACCAUGAACCGGAACAGCCAACAGCCGCAGAACCAGUAGCUCCCACGACGCAAGAUCAAUCUGUUCCUACUCGUGUCUACAUUCCAAAGUUCCCUACCCAGUCCCUGCUAAGAAAUCACGCAUGGAUUGCGAAGAGAUGA